GGACUCUUUCCCCACGUACGGGUCCGCGAGCUGCGCUUCUCUGCCCAUCCAUGAAGGACACUCGCAAGGCGCGCGACCGGGGGCAAAGAAACUUCGAUGGGCGCCAUAGCCGCUUGACAGGACGCCUUAGCUCCGUACGUUAUAAGAACAGACGCCUCCCAGCCAGAUAACCGGAUUCUCAUCACUCGAAAAGCAGGCAUUCUCCCAUCAGUCUUGAUUCCCCCACAUUCCUUUUUUCUUCUCAGCCGACCUAUUCCUUUCUGUCUUUACUUCUCGAAGCCGCUCUUUUUUUGCAAGAUAUCAUCCGCCUUCGUUUCGGUAUUACCACAACCUACAAAGCAUAUAACCAACCCAAAUAUUCACUCUUCAAGAUGCGCUUCUCCGUUCUUACAGCCGCCGGUCUCCUCGGUGCAGCUGUCGCCGCCCCGGCCCCUUCCCCAGUUGCCCUCAACUUUGACGAUGUCGUCGUUGUCGGCCACGAUGGUACCCAUCAGGUCAUGAAGACUGCUGAGUACGAAGCUCUCCAGUCUGGUGCCGCUCUCGCCCCGGCUCCCCCCCUCAAGCUCCAUGAUAUCUCUCGCCGCGACUGCGCGCAGUCCACCGAGGUCCAGAUCUUGACGGACGAGGAGUUUCUCAACUGGGACGUUGCCAUCUCCCCUGUCCUGAGCACCAACGGCGGCGCCGCGACUGUCUCCGUUGCCAACGGUUACUCCAUCGCCAAUACCGUCACUGCCACAGCUGGCAUCUCGGCCACCGUCGAGAAGGUCAUCGGCCUCUCCCUCUCCGUCAGCUACUCCCAGAGCUGGACCACCACCGAGACCCAGACUCUCGGCUUCACUGUCCCCGAGGGCCAGUUCGGCGUCGUCGUGUCCCAGCCCAGCGUCCGCCGCGUCACUGGCAACAUCCUCUCCGGCUGCACCGACAGCCCCGACAAGAGCGAUUUCGUCUCCGAUACCUACACUGCCCAAUCCUACGGCAGCCUCUCCUGGGUCAAGGGCGUCAUUCGUCUUUGCAACAGCACUACCUACCCCAUCCCCUACUGCAUUGGCGAGGGUGAGCACCGUUAAAUGUCUCACGUUGUGGCCGCCCCGGACUGAAAGAGUUUGGGCGCAGAAGCCUGAUGAUAAUCAUUAUUCAGCUCUCAGAGAGAGUCAUCGAACCUUAGGGACACGUCUGGAACGGACAGGCGUUUUUGCAGCUCUUGGCUUAGAACCCCUGGGACACGCACGAUGUAAUGUCCACAUCAUCUCUUGUCUUUAUGUGAAAGUGGAUCAAUUGCAACCUGGCUUGUCUUGGCCUACAGUGGGAGAUGAACAAAUGAUCCAAGUGAC